UUGAAUCAACCAAACCGCAUUAAGUCAAAACCAGACUCGAGACCGCACGUGCGAACACUUCGAUUCUCAUCCACGUUCCGCAUUACGAAGACCUUCAAGAAGACUUUUGAUCAGCUGGAUCUGGCUUGCAGAUCCCUUUUAUGAUACCACGAUGAAGCUUUUGGAAAUCCAGGCCGCGAUUGGAACGGCGAUUCUUCUUCUUUCUGCGCCUUGCGAUGCGAAACUUAGUCGACAUUUGUCGCAUUUGGGAUCAUUGGAGAGGCGACACAAUCAUCACAAGAAAGCACACACUUCACCAAGGGUUGAAGGCAUUGAAGGACCACACACAAAUGACUUGAAGAAGCGCUCGACAUGUCCUUUCCCUUCGAAUGCUGGUCUCGUCGCUGUUACACCUGGGUCAUCCAAUGGUGGGUGGGCGAUGAGCCCAGACCAACCAUGUGGGCUCAACUCUUAUUGCCCGUAUGCUUGUCCACCAGGCCAAGUCAUGGCGCAAUGGAGUCCGGCUGCGACGUCGUACACAUAUCCCGAGUCAAUGGCCGGUGGACUUUAUUGUGACGAGAAUGGAAACGUUAACAAGCCAUUCCCGAGCAAGGAAUAUUGUGUCUCCGCUAGUGGUCCCGUGCAAGCAGUCAACAACUGUGGAAGCACUGUCUCUUACUGCCAAACAGUGCUUCCAGGAAACGAAGCAAUGUUAAUUCCCACAGCAGUAGACAGCUCAGCAGAUCUGGCUGUCCCAGGACCAAGCUACUGGUGUAGCACUGCAGCUCAUUAUUACAUCAAUCCUCCAGGAGUCGAUACUGGCGAUGCUUGUGUUUGGGGUGACGGAUCAAAACCAAUCGGCAAUUGGGCCCCUUACGUAGCAGGUGCUAACACAGACAACAACGGAAACACAUUCGUAAAGAUUGGCCUUAAUCCCAUCUGGACUGGCUGUGAUCUUUCCCAGACGACCCCGACUUUCGGUGUUAAGAUUGAAUGCGUUGGCGGAGGCUGUAAUGGCUUGCCAUGCUCGAUCGAUCCUUCUAACGGCGUGGGUGUCGUGACGAGCCCAGAUUCAGCUACAGGCGCUGGUGGUGCAGACUUCUGUGUCGUUACAGUUCCCUCUGGCUCGACCGCCAAUAUUAUUACAUUCAAUGUUGGUGGAUCCAGCGGUUCCUCAAACUCCGGAUCCUCGAGCGCAGCAGCCAGUCCUGUCGCAUCAAGUAAAGCUGCUCCAACCCCUAGUCCGACUCCAACACCGACACCUACACCCACGCUAACGCCCUCGCCGUCUUCCACCUCCUCAACGACAAGCAGCUCCAAAGCGGCCAGCUCAACCGUCGUCUAUUCCUCGAGCUCUACUUGGUCUAGCUCGGCUUUUUCAUACAGUUCUUCAAGCGCCGCCAGCAGCUCGACAUCAGCAAGCGCAACUGCAGACAAUUCGCCACACGUCUUCUUCCAGGGAAACAGCACUGGCACCACAAAUGGCUCAAGUCUCGUGACCGGCACAGGAGCUCUGCCCACUAAUCCAACCAGCCCAGCUGGAUCGACCAGCACCAAACAAUCUGGAGCUUCCGAGACAUUCACUCCCGAGAGCCUCUUCGGCCUCAUUAUCAUGUUCGCCGUUGCUGGUAUCCUCCUUUGAGCCACCACCACAUCUGUCUAUAUUCACUAUGUCUAUACCAUUCUACCUUUCAACGGCUUAGUCCGUUUUACGACCCUUCCGCUUAUCUACUACUUAUAUUCUAAUACGUCUGGAUUUACGUAAUGUCUAUCACUAUUUCUCUCGACGAUGUAUACCUCCCAUUUUGGGCGCUGGUUUCUCGAGAUCUUCUACUCUUCGAUGAAUAUC